CAAUAUAACACUACUCCCAAACAAAGCAUUAAUUUUAAACCUUACAUAUAUUACUUGUACUCUUUUUUUUUUUCUCUCUAAACAGCUACAAAUGUAAGAGCUAUUCAAGAAAUUCAUGGAUGAAAGGGGGAAAUUCAAGGAAGAUUUAGUAAAUGAUGUGCUUGGAAUGUUGAAUCUAUAUGAGGCUGCACAUCUUCACCUUCCUAGAGAAGGUAUCUUGGAUGAAGCUAUUGCUUUCACUACCUCUCACCUUGAAUCAACAGCAACAAAAGUAAACCCUUUGCUUGCAGAACAAAUAGCCCAUGCCCUGAACCGCCCCAUUUGAAAAGGCUUACCAAGAAUUGAAGCAAGGCAUCACAUCUCUUUGUACUCUAGAGACAACCAUUUUGCUUCCUCUAAUGGAGCACUACUUAGAUUUGCAAAGAUAGAUUUCAACAUGGUACAAGCAUUCCAUCUAAAAGAGCUCAAUGGAAUUACUGAGUAAGUUCGAUAUUUCGUUGUUUUUUUGUUUAGUAAACUUAUAAUGGUGGU